AUGGCUUCCGCUUCUUCUUACUCUUUGGUCCAAACUCAAAACGUUGCUGCUUCCAACUCCUCGAGCGCUGCCUCCUCCUCCUCUUCUGCUGGAGCCAGCUCUUUGAACAGCCCAAUCUCUUACUCCGGCUCCAACUCUAAGUUGGUUGCUCUGUUUGCCGGACUCUUCGUCGUCGACGUUGGCGUGCCCUUGUUGAGCGACAACGACGUGAUGAACGGCGGCUGCGGCGUCGGAACGCUCGCCUGGGGCGCUGUCGCAGUCGUCUCCGAGAUCUGGAUCUUGAUCGAGAUCAGCGUGUCGUAUAGCAGGUUCUUGAGCCGCGAGUUCUUGUCCAUCACCGAAUGGUGGAACAGUUUGGUCAGGUUGACCAAAAAAACGUCUCGUUGCAAGUUCACCGACCGUUUCAAGAUCAGGUCCACCAGAAAACUCUUGUGGAUCAGAAUGAUGCGCGAAACAAACAUCACCGCCUUCUCCAGGUCGUCCGCGUUCCGUUUGGCGUCCACGUUCGAACAGUAG